ACGGGGUCACAUGACCAGUGCACAGCUGAGGGAUGCCGAGGCUUGCUCUUUGCUAGCCAGCUAGCCCCGUUAGCUGUGUCUAGCGAUCCACUUAAUCGGGUGGAUUUUAUUCCACAUUUUCUAAUCCAAUCCAAUCCAGUGGCCUGAACUGCCUGUCAUGGGGAGGGUACACUGCAUGUGGUCGUUGUCUGUAUCCCCUCGUAAUGGCAGCUUUUGCUCAGGCUUCAGAGCCAUAAAUCGUAGCUAGGGCUGUCCAGUUAGCUCAAGGCCAAUCGAAGAAAAGGCAGGCCGUCGGUGUGUCGCAUUGAACUGAAGUACAACCUGCAGUCCUGGUGGAUCAGAGAAGUUUGGGGGAUUGAAUCUUUCAAAUCCAGUUCAGGAUCAGUUCUUCAUUUGGAGCCAACGCCGGCCUCUGCCAGUAUUUUCAUCACUUUCAACCCCAGAUGAACCAUGUCUUCGUCAGGGUGCUGCCAGCUCCCCGGAUCCCUUUGCGAUUAUUCUGAGAACACUGAGCCCGAUGCCUCUAAGCAUUCAGAAGAGUCUGAUUCUACUACACAGGCCCAGUACGUUGCCAAGGUUACAGCUAAAGAUGGCCGCCCACUCUCCACUGUUGUCAAAGCUGUGAGCUUGCAGAGCGAUGUAGGGAUGUGUCGGAUCUGUCAUGAGGGAGCUGGAGGGGAGACACUGCUCUCACCCUGCGACUGCACUGGUACUCUGGGAAAAGUGCACAAGAGCUGCCUGGAAAAGUGGCUGUCAUCCUCCAACACCAGCUACUGUGAACUUUGUCACACAGAGUUCACCAUUGAAAGGAGACCACAACCACUGACACAGUGGCUGAAGGACCCCGGCCCUCGCAGUGAGAAGCGCACAUUGCUGUGUGACAUGGCCUGCUUCCUUCUCAUCACGCCCCUGGCGGCUAUUUCCGGGUGGUUGUGUCUCAGGGGGGCCCAGGACCAUCUGCAGCUGAAAAGCAGACUGGAAGCUGUUGGACUUAUUGCCCUAACCAUUGCCCUCUUCACCAUCUACAUCCUCUGGACACUGGUGUCGUUUCGGUAUCACUGUCAGUUGUAUUCAGAGUGGAGGAGGACCAAUCAGAAAGUUCGCCUGCUCAUGCCCGACAUGAAGGGGGCGCACACCACCCAGCGUUCGGUGCCGACCAAGUCGACCAAGAAAAUGACUGACGAGACCAUCGUAUGAGUGCCGGGCGGUGGCGAGGGAAAUAAUGCAAAUCAAGCUCACACAAGCACUCUAAAAGCAAGAUUAAUCAUAGUAAUACUGAACUUUUGCACUUCAUACGGACGAUCCUGAAGGGAAAGAGAUGCUUUCUCCUCAUGAUUCUUUAUUAAGGCACUUGAUUAAAAAAAACCAACAAUGAAAAAAACAAAAACAAAACUACGUUAUUGGCUGCCCACAAAAGUGGAUUUGGGAGGAACUCAUUUCAGAGUGGUGUUAGAUUAAAAACUGUGUACUCACCAGUGCUGGGAUGUGAACGAACUGACACUCAGAGAACGGACUAACCAGCCUGACUUUUUAUGUCAGUGGCAGAAACUUAUAAAAUACUAAGACGCAAGCUAAUGUAGCAGGAUAUAACUGAUUCAGCAUGCUACUACAGUAUAAUAAGAGACAUAUUCACUACCUAUAAUUCCCCUAUUAUGCCCCCUGCACAAUGUAUUUAGCUGGUUUUAAACCGUGGACGAACAGUAGUUCUGCAAAUGGAUAGGAACCUAAGAAGAUUGACAAAGUCUAGCUGUGAAUACUCCUUUUUUUGUUUGUUUGACAAGUAGAGGGCGACUGUCACCUCUAUCACUGUCCCAGUCUAUAAUCUGAAGCUUUUAAGUUUCCAGGUACAGGUUUUACAUUGCUUUCUCUAGAGGAAAUAUUAAAUCAUGUUCCUCCUUGGUCAGUAAAGGGAGACGCGUUGCAUCAGUCACACAUGUCAAGGGGGUGGGGGGAUGGGAAUCGUAGUUCAUAAAAUGACACUAACUCGCUCUGAAAAAGUGUUGAAGGCAUGAAAAGUGUUUACAUUCUAAUUGGAUGAUGUCUCUUCUGUUAUCAUAAAAGUGCGUUAGGAAAGCCUCACUCCACGUGUAAAUGCAUCACUCAUGAGCUGAGCUGAAUAGAAGUGGUCUGUGGUAAUGUCUUAAAAACCAGAAGAAAUUCAGUUUUAAAAAAAUCUAACAGCAACCAUGUUUAGAUUGGUAAUAUUGAAGGCACUGGGGAAAUGAUAGACAUGCGAUUUGAGAUCAGUCUGGGGCUCAGCAAAAUGCAAAAGAGAAAUGUGCUAUGAGAUGUCAAUCGAUGUAUACUAAAAGUAUUUUUGUGUUACUGUAGUCUUCCUGCUUCAUCCCCCUUGGAAGUUGGGUUAUUGUGCAAUAAAACACGAGGGACUCCUGGACAUUGUGUGAACUGGGAUUUGCUUGCUUGUUUUCGUGAAUUACAUUUUUUUUUUUAUUGCAGCAGCACAAAUAAAAAUACCAAAACUCUAAGCACAUGUAUUCAGUGGGGAAAAAAUCUCAUAUCGCAUAAUUUCUGGCACCCUAAAAUUCUCUUUAAAAGACAAAUUGAACAUUUCUUUUUAUUUUUUUGGUUGAACUUAAGCAGGGUGUCUGCAUUCUUAAAAACAGUCUUAAAUUCAUGUAUCUGAAAUCAAGGCCUUAAGAUGUCUCGAAUUCAUAAAAGAAAAAUAAAUACGUUAAUCACAGGUCUCAAAUUUUGCUGUUGCAGGAUUACAUAAUCUUGUUUAUUCUGUGUAUUUUUAUUUUGUUAUGGAACUUGUCUGUCAAAGUUCCAGUCACGGUGUUCUGUGUUUAAAGCUACGGCUAACCAGCUGCUAAUAUACCCUUGCUAGCCCUUUUACUUCCUACCAUCCCGAGCACAAACAUUCAGUUGGCCAAACUUUUAAUGGGACUUUAACUGGGACAAUAUUGAAGCACAAAUUAAAUUAAGAUUAAGCUUUUCUCCAAAAACUUCAGAUGAGUCUGGUGUAAAAUGGAACCAACGUGCAAAAAUGCACUUCAUCCUCUGUUUGGUGUGGUGAAGGAUCUGUGAUCUUUGCUUGCCAUUAUGAACUCUUUAAAAUACUUUGAGAUUUUUUUUAAAAGAUUUUAUUGAGCAGUGAAGAGACAAAGGCCAGACCCGGAGAGUCAAACUCAGGAUGACCGCGUCGAAGAGUCUUUGCACAUGGUAUGCAACUUACCCACCCAUGUACCAUACUUAAUAUUUAAAAACUCUCCCAGAAGUAACCAGUAAGCUGAAAAUGUACUCAUCAUUUCGACGUAUCAUAACACAAAACAUGAAUCUCUAAAGAAAUGCUUCACCAGACGCAAUGUAAAAUGUAUUCCCCACUGAAUAUAUAUGCACGUAAAUUAAAGUUCAGGCUCGUUAAGUGUGUGAUUAUGCAACUGCAGUGAAAGAUUGCUUGGAGGCGUUUUACACUUCACCAUGGCUGACAACAACUUGGUCUGUGUUGAUACCUUGUAAUCAGGCAGUGUUGGAGUUUGAGAAGGGAAUUUUUCAUUUCUCUGCUUUGGAAUCUUACUUAUAUGAUAUUUCUGUGUAAUGUUACUAUACACAGCUGCUGUUCAGAACACAAGGCAAAUAUGUCAGUAAAGGU